CAAGGUUAAUAUUCCGUUUGACAGGACAGCUCUGGUGCUACUAGUAGUGUGUGUGUAGGAGGGGAGGCUCAGACAGUGUGAGGAGGGUGUGUGGACACUUCUGACACAACAUUAGACGCACACAGACAGUUUCACCUGUCCCGCUCGGAUAGCUCUGUGCUCUGAAGCCGCUGACAGGUGACGAGGAAGCAGCACAACACCUGUCAAAAUGUUAAGGAGGAAGACCAAGCCCAUAACGACACCACCAAAAAACUCUUCCAGUGGACCUACAGAGUUGAGUGCACUGAUUGAGAAACUGCAGAAGAAUGCUGAUAAAGUGGAGUCGAACAUCUAUGAGACCGAGCAGAACCUCAACAAGGAUGUGAGUAAGAUCAACGAUGGCAAGCAGCCACUGUACCAGGAUGACACCAACAGGCGAAUCCUCAACUCUCUAGAGCUGCUGAACGGCCUGGACGACGACGCCGUCAACGCCAAGCGCCUCCAGCAUCCGCAGGCUGAGAUGAUAGAGCAGGACAUGAAGCAGCUGCGUGAGAGAGUGAUGAAGCUGAAAGAGGACCAUGACCGCAUCUACCACCUGACUCGCUCUGAGGGCAUGCCCAGCAUCAACUGGGGCACCAUCAUUGAUGAGAAACUAGACAACCUGAACAACAAGGGCUUUGGCCAGGACCUGCCCACUGUGGAGAACGAAGUCGAGGAGCAUAACAUCUUCCACAGUGAGGUGGAGGCUCUGGCUCCUCACAUCUCUGACAGUGACAACAAGGAUUAUGUCAGUGCCCUCCAGCUCAAGUACAACAAGCUCCUGGCCAAUUCCGGUGCUCGCCAGCGCCACCUGCUGAGCCUGCGGGACUACAUGCAGCGCUGUACCAACGAGCUGUACUGGAUGGACCAACAGGCUGAGGAGAGGAUCAACUACGACUGGAGCGACACCAACCUGGACUACCCUGCCCGCCAGAGGCAGUAUGAGAACUUCAUCAGUAAAUGUCUCGAGUCUAAGGAAGGCACCAUCACCAAGCUCAAUGACGAUGGGGAGAGGCUGAUUUCCUCUGAACAUCCAGGGAAGAAUGUUAUUGAGGCCCAUAUGGAAGCGGUGCACGCUGACUGGAAGGAGUACCUCAACCUGCUCAUCUGUGAAGAGAACCACCUCAAACACAUGAAUGAGUACCACAAGUAUCACAAGGAGGCACGUGACACCCAGGACCUGCUGAAGAGGCUGGAUACAGAGACCACCCACAAGUACAACCCAGACUUCAAAGACAUGUAUCAGAUGGAGGGUCUUAUCAGAGACCUGGAUGACCAAGCGAAAGCCAUGGACCACUUUGAUGAUCGGGUCAAGGCACUCCAGAAUCGAAGCUUGCAGGUUUUGCCCCUGAAGUACCGCCGGGAAACCCCCCAGAAGCUGCUGCCAGUUGAGGCGCUGUGCGAGUUCGACACGGACGAGGGCCAGAUUUUGCGUGGGGAAAGGUACACUCUGCUCAGGAACAAUGGGACCAAGUGGGACGUGAAGGACCCAGCUGGACGUAAAAUCACUGCUCCGGCUGUCUGUUUUAUGAUCCCUCCCACUGACCCUGAAGCAGUGUCUGUGUCUGACAACCUGGCCAGCCAGCAAAAAGCCAUCAAACAGAAAAUGGCAAGCAGCAAGGGAACUCUGCUGAAACGCUUUGAUGACCUGAAGAAGGAGAGUGGAAGUGGCACAGAUAAACAGGAGCAGCAGUGCCGCCAAUUGAUGGCUGGUCUAGAUAAGGUGGUCAGUGACCUGAACAAGCAGGAAAAGGCCAUUUAUUCUCGAGUGCGCCCACCACUGGAGCAGACCAGGCCACUUCAGGACAGUGCUGAUCGCCUACAGGAUAUGAAGGACAUUGCUGCCGCUGUAAAUAAAAUCGAACCAGAGAAGUCCUCCAAGGUGCAAGAGGCAAAGAGCUUUUUGACCUCCAACCCUAACUCUUUCAGCGCUCCUCAGCUCCACGCCAAGGUGGAUGAGGCCAACAAGAAAUAUGACAAGGUCAACCAGCUUCUUCAGUGCUCUGAGGACAAAAUUAAAAAUUCCAAUCGCCUGGAGAACUCGCUUCAAAAUGGGAAGACCUUUUUGUCCACCUAUGAGAACAAACUGGCCAGAGAAGAGGUUGCUCCAGCUGACAUCUCCUCACUGGAGAAGACCCAGCGUGAACUUGCAGACAUGGCAUCAGACCUGAGGUCCAAAAGGUCAGCAAUUGCUGAGACUGAGACUAACCUGCAGGCGGCCAAAAACAGCUGCGACAACAUGGCUGUCAAGUUUCAGGAGCACUGUCCUGACAUUGAGAGGCAGGAGAAUGACGUUAAGAAGCUCAGCAAGCGCUUUGACAAUGUCAACAGGCAGAUUGACAGCAGAUCUCAAAACUUGCAGAGAGCCAAGAUGGCAUAUAAUAAUUACCGGAAAGAUUAUGACAAUCUGAACACCUGGCUGUCCCGUGUUCCAAACUAUGAGCCCCGUGAAACUGAUGAUUCAAGACAAGUGGAGACCAAGCUGAAGAAUCAGAGGAACUUGCUAUCUGACAUUGCACGGAAGGAGUCAGACUUGAACAAUGUCUCCAAGAAUGCCCAACUUUACCAGCAAGCUGUCAAGGACUAUGAAAAUGAAACUGAAAGGUUCAAAUCUAUCCUUGACCUUGAGGAUGGACUUGUCCCUCAAACAUACAAGAAAAGCAGACUGGAGUCACCUGCACUGAGGGUCAAGGCAGAGGAAGCUGCUAUUGAGUCUAAGUUUACUGAGGUGAAUGCUGUGAACAAGCAAAGGCUGCAGAAUCUUGAGUUUGCUCAAGGCCUUCUCAACCAGCAACCUGAUAUCCCCAUGAUCCAGGCUUCAAACGUCCAGUCAGUUAAUUCUGCUGCUCCAGGAGAGGAGCCAUGGAGAAUCAAAAAGCAGCUUGAGGAUGAGAUUCAAAGGAGGGAGCAGCUGGAAAAAGAAAUUGAGACUAUCCAGACUGACAUCUAUGUCCUGGAAGGCCAGAAGCCCCAGGAUACCAUUGUCAAAAAGGAACUGAUCAAAAAGGUUCCUGAUCCCCAACUGGAUGAGGAAGUCCAUAAAGUCCAGCAGAAGCUCUCAGAGGAGCGCCGCACUACCCGAGUCCUGGAGAAUGACCUAGAGGUACUUAAACUGAAACUGCGUGGCCUUGAGACAGAAGUCAAGGAGGGUGCACAGCAGUACACUGUGAAGGAAGUCUUGCGUAUAGAAAGAGACCGUGGCCAAGAGGAGGAGGUGCGGCGGCUCCGGGAGGAGUUAGAUGAGCUGAGGAGGCAGAAGUUAACAAAAGACAAUGAAUUGAUUCAAAUACAAAAGCAGGUGACUCUCCUCGCUGAAGAGAAGAACAAGGAACAGGAGGUGAUCACUGAGGAGGAGGUAAUCAAAGUCGAGAAUGACCCUCAGCUAGAGAGCGAGUACCGGGUGCUUCUUGACAGAAAGACUAAAGAAAUGGAUGGCAGGAAGCAACUAGAGGAUGAACUGAAGUUCCUUCAGGAGAAGCUCAAAAGGCUUGAGAAAGAGAAAGCCAUGGCAGAGGAGAAGAUUUCCAUCAAGGAGGUGCUGAAAGUGGAGAAGGAUGUUGCCAUGGAGAGGGAGGUGGAAAACCUGAGGAGGGAGUAUGCAGAUGUGAAGACAAAACGGAUGUCAUCUCAACGAGAAAAAACUGAUCUCCAGAGGAAAAUUUCCAGUCUAGAAGAGGAGAAAUCCAAGGUUAUUGUUCAGGAAAAAGUGCGUGAGAUUGUCCGACCAGACCCCAAGGCUGAGAAUGAAGUGGCCAACCUGCGCCUUGACCUGGUAGAACAACAGAGGCGCUGCAAAGAUGCAGAGCUGCAACUUAGAUCGCUACAAGACGAGCUGACCUCACUGAGGAACAGAGGCCCUCAAGUAGAGGUCAAAGAGAUCAUCAAAGAGGUAAUCAAGUACAAGACAGAUCCACAGACAGAGAGAGAAUUGGAGAAGCUUCGCAACGAAAUUGUAGAUAAAACCCACCAGACUGAGAAAUCUGAGAUGGAAAUCCGUCAGCUUCGCAAUGAAAUUCAAAGAUGGAAGGACACCAAGCCUCAAGUACAGACUAAAGAGGUGGUCAAUGAGGUACUACAGUAUAGAGAAGAUCCCAAGACCAAGGAGGAGAUUGAGACCCUCAAGAGAAAACUGGGAGAUGAACAGAAGAAACGCCUUGAUCUUGAGAGAGAGCGGGCAGCCCAAGAAGAGAUGAUCAGGUUGAAGAAGAUUGAUCUGUCUCAGGUCCGAGAGAAGAUUGUACAGCAGGAGGUUGUCAAGAUGGAAGAGGAUCCGAUCCUGAAAUCAGAAUGUGACACCUUCUUACACAACAUCAACAAUGAGCAGAAGCAGAAGGAGAGCCUGAAAACUGAACUCUACCAUUUACAGAGACAAAGAGCUGACCUGGACCUUCAACUGGAAGAGUUGGAGCGUGAGCGCAGGGCAAGACGUGAUGCUGAACUGGAGAUCCAGAGACUUAGGGUCAGACUCAAUGAGUUGGAAAUCCGGGACAAAGAGAACCGUGAGAAGGUGACCGUGAAACAGAAGGUUGUCCUGCAGCAGGAUCCCCAACAGGAGAAGGAACACUCUAUCCUCAGACUUCAGGUAGAGGAAGAGAGACACAAGCGCACUCUGCUAGAGAAGGAGCUUAAUGCCCUGAUUCAACAGCAGCUCACAUUGGAGAAGGUGGACGUGAAAGAAAGAGUUGUGCGCACUGAGAAGGUCCAAGUUGAGAAAGACCCAGAGGCUGAGCUAGAGAUUGAGAACCUGAGGAGGACUCUGGAAGAAGAGAAAAGGAGAAGACGAGAGCUAGACCAGGAGUUGGCAAGCCUUACUUCUAAGCUCUCUGACUUGGAGUUCUCUAACACAAAGUCAUCAAAGGAACUGGACUACAUCCGCGAUGAAAGUAACCGCCUGCAGCAAGAAAACCAGAGACUGCAGAAUGAGAUUCGUAAGCUUCGGUCUGAGAUUGACAUCACCAGCAAAGAGACCCGGCUUAUUACCGAAUCGGCUCCCAGGGAUAGUGGCAAGAACCUGGAAUUGAGGCUUGAUUCACUGCAGAAGGAACUAUCAGAUCUCAGGAACAUCACGAGGCAGAAGGAUGAGGAGAUUGAGAAGCUCCAAAAGAAUCUGUCACAAAUGAGAAUCAAGAGAGAGCAGAGGGAGAGCCACCUCCGUAAGUCUAUUGUGGUUAUUGACCCAGACACAGGGAAAGAGAUGCGACCGGAGGAGGCCUAUAAACUGGGGCUCAUUGACUGGAAGAUGUUUGUCAACCUACAGAGCCAGGAGUGUGACUGGGAGGAGAUCACAGUGAAGGGCCCUAAUGGAGAAUCAUCAGUUCUUCAUGACAGAAAGUCAGGGAAGAAGUUCUCCAUUGAGGAUGCCCUGUCUGCUGGACACAUCACAAGGCGUCAGCUUGAGCAGUACCAAAACAAAGAGAUCUCCAUCCAGGAGUUGGGUGCUUUGAUGUCAGGCAAGAAAAUAUAAGAGCCAAAAUUCUAAGAAAGCUCCUUUAUUUUAGAAUGCUAUGAGAUUUUAAUAAGCUCAUCUCUGAGGUUCAUCUCGAAGUUUCCUUGCUCUAUAUACUUCCAUUCUGACUUUCAUAUCACAGUGAAUUAGCAUUGUUUUAUACAUCUCCCUUCUUUUUUCCAAAAUGCACUAUGUAUUUAUUUUCCCUAAAUGUUUGCUAAACUGGUGGUACAGACAUGAAAAAUGGGUUGAGUUGGCUGUUAAAGCAACUAACUAUUAUCUAAUGUUUUAGGGAAAGGUGUUGUUGGUAUGAUGAGCUUAAAUUCUAUAAACUGGGUACUGCAGUGGAGGUAAUACUAAUUCUCUGAUUUGAUAAUGCUGUUGAAUUAUGAGACAAAACACAAAUGAUACUAAA